AUGCAGAGGCAGGGGAUCCCCAUCGCCGGGGGCCGCUUCCUGAAACAGGAGAAGGCGACGGACCCCCAGGAAUUGCUGACUUUUAACGAUGUAGCCAUACAGUUCACCUGGGAGGAGUGGCAGCUCCUGGAACCUGCUCAGAAGGACCUGUACUGGGAUGUGAUGCUGGAGAACUACAGCAACCUGGUGUCCGUGGACGGCUACAAGAUGGGAGAUCAUCUUCAAGGUCGCUGGGGCAGCCCAGGCGUGCCGAGGAGUGUGGAUCCUAGUGCACUUGGAAAUGCCGGCCAUCACGUCCCCUUGAGGCAAAAUCAUGCAGUGUUUGGGUUUCACGUCAAAAGCUGGGACUCCAGUUCAGCUCUCGCCAGCCAGCACAGGAGCUAUGAGAUGAAGAACUCUGCUACCCUGAACGGAGGUGGGAGGCCAUUCCUGCCCGGCCAUCAUGUCCAGUUUCAAAGCAACGUCAUGAAACCCAUGAGCACGACGCCCCAAGUGAUUCACCCCCAGGGCCCGAACAGCACAGAGAAGACCCACAUAUGCGGCGACUGUGGAAAAGCCUUCCUGAAGAAGUCCCAGCUGGUUGACCACCACCGGGUGCACACGGGCGAGAAGCCCUACGAGUGCAGCACGUGUGGGAAGGCCUACUCCCGCAAGUCCCGGCUCAACGAGCACGAGCGUAUCCACAAGAAGGAGAAGUCCUACCUGUGCGGGGACUGUGGCAAGGUGUUCACCAUCCGGAGCCGCCUGAUCGAGCACCAGCGGACGCACACCGGCGAGAAGCCCUUCCUGUGCACCGAGUGCGGCAAGCGCUUCCCGGGCAAGCGUAACCUCAUCAUCCACCAGCGCAACCACACCGGCGAGAAGUGCUACGUGUGCAGCGACUGCGGCAAGGGCUUCACGGGCCGGAGCAUGCUGGUCAUCCACCAGCGCAGCCACACCGGCGAGAAGCCCUACAUCUGCAGCGACUGCGGCAAGGGCUUCACCACCAAGCACUACGUCAUCAUCCACCAGCGCAACCACACCGGCGAGAAGCCCUACAUCUGCAGCGACUGCGGCAAGGCCUUCACCAUGCGCAGCCGCCUCAACGAGCACCUGCGCACGCACACGGGCGAGAAGCCCUACGUGUGCAGCGAGUGCGGCAAGUGCUUCCCGCGCCGCAGCAACCUCAUCAUCCACCAGCGCAACCACGGGCUGGCCAAGUCCUACCUGUGCAGCGACUGCGGCAAGGGCUUCAGCGUCAAGAGUAUGCUUAUCAUCCACCAGCGCAGCCACACCGGCGAGCGGCCCUACAUCUGCGGGGACUGCGGCAAGGGCUUCCCGCUCAAGAGCCGCCUCAUCGUGCACAAGCGGACGCACACCGGAGAGAAGCCCUACCGCUGCGACACCUGCGGCAAGGGCUUCGUGGUCAACAGCGGGCUCAUGCUGCACCAGCGCACGCACACCGGGGAGAAGCCCUACGUGUGCAGCGAGUGCGGCAAGGGCUUCGCCUACAAGAGCAACCUCAUCGUCCACCAGCGGACUCACACCGGCGAGAAGCCCUUCAUGUGCAACGAGUGCGGGAAGGGCUUCACCAUGAAGCGCUACGUCCUGCUGCACCAGCAGACGCACACCAUCGAGAAGCCCUACAUGUGCAGCGAGUGCGGGAAGGGCUUCCUCUCCAAGAGCGGCCUCCACGACCAUCAGCAGAUCCACUCCGGGGAGAAGCCCUACGAGUGCACGGAAUGUGGCAAAGGCUUCACCGUCAAGAGCCGCCUCAUCGUCCACCACCGCACGCACACGGGCGAGAAGCCCUUCAUCUGCCCGUCGUGCGGGAAGGGCUUCUCCUCCAAGCGGAAUCUCCUUGUGCACCAGCAGAUUCACGACAGAGAGAAGUCAGCAGCCCUGCCGUGA